AUGGUGGGUCGAGCCCUGAAUUCCGACCACCUUGGACAGCCCAUACGAGCCGGUGACCGUGUCACUAGACCUCAAUUUGCUGGACAGAGAUCCCAGAGUGAGGUUUCUUUGCCAGGUGGGAAAACAGAGGAGGGAGACAAGGAUGAUGGUGACACAGCAACAAGAGAAGCGAAAGAGGAGAUUGGUUUGGAUCCUAAGCUUGUGAAUGUUGUCACUGUUCUUGAACCAUUUUUGUCAAAGCACCUACUGAGAGUUGUACCUGUUAUCGGUAUACUUAACGAUAAGGAAGCAUUCAAGCCUGCUCCAAAUCCGGCCGAAGUGGAAUCAGUAUUUGAUGCUCCCUUGGAAAUGUUCAUCAAGGAUGAAAACAGGAGGGUAGAGGAGAGAGAGUGGAUGGGUAACAAAUACUUGAUUCAUUUCUUUGACUAUGAAACCAACAACAAGAAGUACAUGAUAUGGGGCUUAACUGCUGAAAAUGAAACACCUGGAUGGACCCAACUGAAGCUUCCUGGUCAAGCUCCUUCUGCACGUUGUGGCCAUACCAUCACAUCUGGAGGACACUAUGUACUUUACCUGUAAAUUGAUCAUCCCAGUUGAUUCUUUUCAUCUUCGGGGAGCCGCUACUACCAUCUAGAUUCACUGUUAGUCAAACUCAACCUGAACAAUCGAAAUCAAGAACAGUGAAAGCUUGUGGCAAGUGAGAAGGAUGAUAUGAAUGAAUCACAGAAAGAUAUCCUAGUGUGGAAAAAUAUCCUUGUGUGGAAAGAUCUCCUUGCCAAGCCUCAUGAGUGGUGGGACGUCAGAUCGAAAGAGGGUUGAUGAAAUAAAAAUCACUAAUGCUUUACAAUAUGCAGCUAGUAUUGAGUACGUUAUAAGGUGGAGUACCAAUAUUAGUCUUUGGCUGCCUUACGAAUCACUUUUUCUCUCUUUACAAGUGCCAAUAUGCAACUUCCUCAGCUAGUUGUGCCUCUUCUAAUCUUUGUUUUUUCUUCCAAUUUCCAUCAGGAUACUGGUGGAUUGCAACAAGUGACUUUCAAACUUCAGUUUGCAGAGUCCACUCUUUUUGUUGAGGUUUCACGAGGUGCAUAAGGCUCAUAGAUAAAUCCUGGACUUGUCAUGGAAACUCUAAGAGCUCCCUGCAUAUAUCAUAAGGACAGCUUAUCAAAGAAGAGAAGAUGGUGAUCAGUUUACCUGCUUUGACAGAAACUCAAGUGUAAGCUGUAUAAGCACCUUUUCGAGAUCUUUUGGAUCACCACCAAUAUGUAAUGAGGAGAGAAGGGAUAAGGCAAAUGAGUACCAAGUUUGAUUCAUGGGUCUAGCUAGUAGCUAGGAAUAAUGCUUUUGAUUCAUGUGUAGGUAGUAGCUAGGAAGGCUUUCUUGUUUAGUACAUUAUCUAAUAACUUGAAUGUUUGGAAGUUUGAAAAACUUAUAUGAUAUGGAUUAGUGUGGUUUUAUGUGGUA